GGCCGUCGUGCAGGGCCUUCCAGGCAGCACGCUCUGCACUUGCUUCACCCUCUAGAGAGGAGAACCUGGCUAGUAGGAAAGAAACUCCCUCAAAAGGUAAACAGUGAGUCGAAUGUACAUAUGGUGGAAAACAAAUGGCUCCUGGUACCAUGUCACGGGAAUUAUCUCACUCACUCAGAUAAAGGAGCAGGGCGAGCCCAGCGGUACCGGUGAGUCCCCUCCUCUAUUGCAUGGCCCAUUGGUGACGUGUGUCCCAGCCUCUCCAAGAAAACUCUACCCCUGCCCUUGGCACUCUCAGAGCCGGGCUGUCCCUCUGUGUGGCGCUCUGUGAAUGCUGUGCCCCACCAUGGCCGUGACCGCCUGCCAGGGCCUGGGCUUCGUGGUCUCAUUGAUCGGGAUUGCGGGCAUUAUUGCCGCCACCUGCAUGGACCAGUGGAGUACCCAGGACUUGUACAACAACCCAGUGACAGCUGUAUUCAACUACCAAGGGCUGUGGCGCUCCUGUGUUCGAGAGAGUUCUGGCUUCACGGAGUGCCGGGGCUACUUCACCCUGCUGGGACUGCCAGCCAUGCUGCAGGCAGUGCGAGCCCUGAUGAUCGUGGGCAUUGUCCUGGGUGCCAUAGGCCUCCUGGUGUCCAUCUUUGCCCUGAAGUGCAUCCGCAUUGGCAGCAUGGAGGACUCUGCGAAGGCCAACAUGACACUGACCUCUGGGAUCAUGUUCAUCAUUGCAGGUCUUUGUGCAAUCGCUGGAGUGUCUGUGUUUGCCAACAUGCUGGUCACUAACUUCUGGAUGUCUACAGCCAGCAUGUACACCAGCCUGGGUGGGAUGGUGCAGACUGUUCAGAACAGGUAUACUUUUGGUUCAGCUCUGUUCGUGGGCUGGGUCGCUGGAGGCCUCACGCUAAUUGGGGGUGUGAUGAUGUGCAUCGCCUGCCGGGGUCUGGCACCGGAGGAAACCAAUUACAAAGCAGUAUCUUAUCAUGCCUCAGGCAACAAUGUCUCCUAUAAGCCUGGAGGCUUCAAGGCCAGCACUGCCUUUGCACCCAGCUCCAAAAACAAGAGGAUGUAUGAUGGGGGAGCUCACACGGAGGACGAGGUACAAUCUCAUCCUUCCAAGUAUGACUACGUGUAGCACUCCAAGACACGUCAGCACAGGCAGAAGACACCCCCAAUGAGAGCUCCCCCCAAAACAAGGACAUUUUUCCUUGAUUCGCAAUUGCUUUGGACUCACAGUUGGAAGUUAGAAAAGCCUUGAUUUCACCUGUGGUGAGGCCAAAGCGUCUUGGCUGCAUGUAUCUGUCUCUAAGUUUUCCAUCACAAAACAGCUGAGUUAUCAGAUGUGAAUUAGAGGCUAUAGCUCACAUUUUCCAAACCUCUAUUUCUUGUUUUUUAAAUAACCUUCUUAAUCUUGUUAGAAAUGGCAUAAAACUAAAUGUGAUUUAUUCCCAGAGGAAUUAAUGUUUAAACAAAAGGGUAUUAAUAAGAAGCCUACAUGUCAGAACAUGUACCAGGGAGUCACUCUGGCUGGGAGAGGAGGGAGAGGGAGAU